UUCUAUAAGUACUUACCAUAAAUUCACACUCUUUCCCCAACUCUUGGCUAUCUGUCUUCAAAACUUUCAGAAUGGAGAGCUCCAGAGCCAAGUUUCAAGAGAGCCCGCCCCUAAAAACGCUAAGAAUUUUUAAUCUUGCACAAAUUUUCUUGAGGCUUUUGGCCAUUAGCACUGCAUUAGCUGCAGCAAUUGCGAUGCGCACCGCAAAGCAAUCUAUUGUCCUUUUUGGCACCCCAUAUGAAGCUAAAUCUAGCUAUUCCACGUCUUUCAAGUUUUUUAUUGGGGGAAAUGCUGUGGCAUGUGGCUGUUCAAUACUUUCCUUGCUCUACGUUUUCUUCCUUGUUCGACAAGGCUCAAGCCCUAACAAAUAUUUCUUCUUGUUUAUUCACGAUUUGGUGAUGAUGAGCUUGUUGAUGUCUGCGGCUGCAGCCGCAACAGCAGAAGCAUAUAUUGGUCGACAUGGCAACAAACACAGCGGUUGGACGGCCAUUUGUCAUAAUUUCGGCAAAUUUUGUAACAAAAUUACACUCUCUCUCAGUUUCUCUUACUUUUCUUUCCUUUUCAUGAUGAUUCUCACUAUCAUCUCAGCACGCAGCUCUACACAAAUUCAGGCUUAAUCACAACUUUGUAGUGCCACUUGAUGUACGUAUAGAAUAAAUAGUAAGAGAAGAUUAUCAUAAUAUUUCUGUAACGAGAAGCUUUGUUGUAAUUUGUAGCUUGUGAAGCUACUUUUCUGAUAUGCCCCAGAAAGAAAGUAAAGAAAUCUGCAACCAACAAGGGCAAUAAGCUUGUAUUCUUCAGGCGAAUACGAACUCCAAG